AUGAAGUACGAAAUCCCAACGCUGCUGGACCUCGACCAGCAAGAAGCAGUAUCUUGUCGCUGGACAAUCGAUGCAGCCCAUUGCAGGGUUCUGCAUCCCAAGCCACGCAAGAAGCCGACACUAUCUGAUUAUCCGCAAGAAAGACCUGUCAAAGGGACAACCCGAGCAUCGCCGUCAUUUCGAAGUCCAGCCAAGUCCUCAACCCCAGACGCGAAACUCGCGAAAUCCCAGCACCGACUGAUUUCAAACAACCAAACAUCAUUCAUUGCCUCUCCACAGCGGUCCCCGGGAUUUAUCGCGUGGAUGGAAGGAGUCAGCAGGCUGCCGGAAUGGCUAGACCAACGGGUUGCGGCCAAUGGUAAAAUCGUUCCCAUCUCUAGCAAAAUUGCUCGGGCCGAAGACCCUUUUAAUAACAACACGUUUGCUCGCCAUGUCUUUUCUGGUGACCAAGAAGGCGUCAAUUCUCGGUUCAGACAGGCCCAGUUGGGCACCACUGAUAGCACUUCAUCUACUUUCCCGACCUACAUGUCUGGCCCCGCGAGUCCGACAUUGCGUGCGAACUUUUCGGAGACCAAAAAUGAAGAUAGCUAUGAAAUGCCAGAAGAGCAUUUGAUGGCAGGCCUGCCAAAUAUGUUUGAUAAUCCCCGCAAUGGGCUCGAGUCAUUCGAGAUCUGGGAUAGUGGCCAUGGAAUUCGCACAACCGACUCCAUCACCCUUGAUGUUAUCGCUUGGGUCAACGACAAAGUCGGUGCCUCGGCCGGCGACUGCAGCCAGAUGAGACAAGCCGCAGACGAAAUACUCAUUCAGUAUCAGAAAACCGAUGAGAAUUUGAUGCGGGUGAAUUCUCUUAUCGCCAUCAAGCAGAAAACCAGACCAGAACUCCGGGAUCGUCGAAUUGCGAAUAUCCACAUGAAGCAAGCUCUUCUUGCUGGACUGACAAAGCUUCGGACAGGAGCCCAAGCAAUUGAGAUGCAAGACAACCAUGUUGUUGUUCCAGUGCCACACGGCCGAGGGUGGCAACUUAGCCUUGCUCCGGCUGCGGUUGACCAAAAUAUGGGUUCGACAUACAUGUCGCCACACUUUUGGUCUUCUAUGUCAGGAUAUUCCAUGGCAGAACCAGUUUAUCCUGUGACAGGAUAUUCCGUGGCAGAAUCGGUUUAUCCUAUGACAUACUUUUCGAUGCCAGGGUAUCCCAUGCCCCCUCAUUACUUCAGUGCCGGAAGUGAGGUCGUCGCCGGAAUCACCAGCAAUUGUGUUAUGAACCAGCCCAACCCAAUUACCAGUGAGCGACAGACAGAUGUUGGAGAUGUCUCCUAUUUCUCGAGUGACGACGACUUGUCAGUGGACUUGGCAGCUGGAUUACUCAAACGGGCACAGUUAAUUCAGGCAACUGAUGCCAAGGAUUUGGCAUUCCAAUAUGAGAUCAACAGUGAUAGAGCCAGCGUCAUUUCGCGGAAGUCGGCCUUCUUGAAUAUUGACGGCUGCUAUGACGAAUGCUCGACUCGUCCUGAAUCUGAGCUGGUAGACCAUCGAAUGGUGAUACCAAUGUUAGUGGAUGAACCUGGCAGCGAUGAUCCAGUGAGCCGUUUUGACACGGAGACAGCAGGACCUUCUUGGCCCAAUGCGAGGUUAAACCCGGAGCUGGAAUCGCAGCUGGAAUCAGAGCUGGAAUCAGAGCUGGAAUCAGAGCUGGGAUCAGAGCUGGGAUCGGAGCGGGACGACAUGGAGACAUGGGGUUCCGUCCAGGCAGAUGCUGGAGAUGACGAAUCUGAGCGGGGAUCGGAGCUGGACGACAUGGAGAGAUGGGAUUCCGUCCAGGCAGAUGCUGGAGAUGACGAAUAUGAGCUGGGAUCGGAACGGCCCGACAUGACGAGAUGGGGUAUCCCCCAAGCAGAUGCUGGAGAUGACGGAUAUGAGCUGGGAUCGGAGCGGCCUGACAUGACGAGAUGGGGUAUCCCCCAGGCAGAUGCUGGAGAUGACGGAUAUGAGCUCGACCAUCAUGUCCAAAACGAUGAUCUCCGUGAUUUGUCUUUGACUGUGAAUGGCGCAAAUGGGGUACAUGAUGAGGACAGAGUCGAUGACGACGAUGAGGGUGAUAAGUCCGAUGGGAGUCUUGACGAUGAGGAAUUCCCAGAUUUCACUGAUUACGGGGAGAAUGACUUGGAUCCCCGCUGGAUGUUCGGAUUGACUCCUCAGGGAGGAAGGUGGGUGGACAUGGGAACGAUCAGAUACCCGUACACCACGGCGAACGUGAGCAUGGUAGGCGCUUUCGGAGAGAUGAUUCCGGUCAGUCACCUCAAUCGCCAAUACGAUACGAAUGGCCACAUUGAAGAGAAUGGGGAUGAUGGUAACAUCAAUGGGUAUGAGAACGAGGGCAUUAAUGGGUAUGCAAAUGAGGGUACUAUUAAUGGGUAUGCAAAUGAGGGCAUUAACGGGUAUGCAAAUGAGGGCAUGAAUGGUCAUGAGAAUGAGGGGAACGAUGAGGGUGAUGAUGACGAAGGGAAUGAUGAGGGUGAUGAUGACGAGAACAAUCUGAACAACGAAAAUGAGGAGAUUCUGGAGGAAAUGCCGGAGAAUUGGGGAAACGGCGACAGCGGCCAUAACAAUGCCGAGAACACCGCCGAGAACACCGCCGAGAACAACGCCGAGAGACUCGUCAAUGGUGUAGGUGGCACCGCCGAGACUCAUUGA